AAAUAUUCUGAAAGGAGGAGGUGAAGGAGGAAGUAACUGACCCAAGAGAAAAAGAGGAACAGGUUCUAAACCAGAAGCACAUUUGAAGCUCAGCCAGAACAAGGGAGAGCCUAGCACACCAAUCCUGAGGUUUCUGGAUGGCAGAUAAUAUAACCUUUGUUUACUUGAGUUUUCUACUGUGCUGUUAUCUUCCACUCACUUCUGCUUCAUUUUGUGAUCCACUGAUAGAAAAGAAAGUGGAGUGGAUUAAAAUCCCCCCUGAUACAGUCCAAUUGUAUAUUAAUGACUGUAAUGUGAACAGCAUCCAAUACACAGAAAGCCAUCUUUCAAAACUAAGUCUACUCAAUAUCACCUCUAGGUGCAUCAGGACUCUGCCAGAUAAUGUUCUCUCGGAUCUGGAAAAAAAAUGCCGAAGAAAGCUUCCAAUCUCAUUUUUGAACAGUACUAGUCUAUACAGAAUUACAUCUGUCUGUACCUGUGAGUUUAUUACUGACAACCCCAAGCCCCUGAACAACACUGUUUGUGCAGAAAUGUUGAAAAGCUGUGGAAACACAUCGGUGGCCAUUUCUGUAGGCAUUUCCCUUUUAGUACUCUUGGUGGUCUGUGGGAUUGGGUGUGUUUGGCACUGGAAACACCGAAACAACACCAGAUUUACCUUACCGAGGUUUUUGCAAAGGAGAAACAGCAGGAAAAAAGACUUAGCAAAAACGUUCUGCUUGAGUCCUCACAUUGUUGGCUCUAGGCCUAAAAUCUCAGCUGAAACCCAAAGCCACAGACCGUCUGUCAGGGGAACUAGGAUGCAGGCCAACUACGAAAAUGUGGAAAUGGGGCCUCCCAAAGCUAACAAAGAAACUGACAAGGGACUCUACGAAAACACUCAGCAGAUCAAUUUCAGAGAGCACAUGUAUGGAAGUGAGACAUCCUGUGACUACUAUAACUUCCAGAAACCUGUUGCCUCUGAAGCUCAAGAUGAGGAUAUCUACAUUCUUCCUGACUCCUAUUAGCUUUUCAAAACUACUGAGUUUCAUUGUUGGAGGAUAAAGUAUACACGGGGACUUUGAUGGUGCUGAUGCGCUAAUUGACCAAGUUCUUCUCAUGAAAUUCAGUGUCCACCCCAUGGAUCCUGUCUAUGUGCAUGAUUGUAGGUUCACUCUAAAUAACCUCUCUUCCCUCUUCUCCUGGGAUUAAAUCUCUACCAUGUAUAUUGAUUUUUCCUUCUAAAUAUUAUCUGUUGUGUCUUUGCUUUGUUUCUACUUCCACUAUCUUUUUCUGAUUUAGGAUUAUUUUCACGGUCUCCUCCUGGGUCUUCCUGUCUCUACCCACUCAAUCAAUUGCACAUGAUGCUGCCAGAUUUAUCUACAGAAAAUAUUCCCACUGGCCGCAUUAUACCUUCGCUGAAAACCUCUUAAUGCUGCUCUUUAAAAAAGACAUAAUGCUCAUAAUUCUAACUCCUGCAUUCAUAAUUUUUUAUGAAAAGUUUGUUCCCACUUACUUUUCCAACAACAUCUCCUACUAACCCUAAUUUUUCUGCAUCCAUCAGAAUCAUCUCAAAAUCUGGCAAACUCAUCUCCUCCAUGGCUCUCUCUAGCCUGCCUCAGAUUAGAACUUCUUCCACAAGUCUUCUGAGUAAUCCCAAAGCUACAUUUACCUUUUUAUUUUCUAACAUCCUAUAGGUUUUGCUUCCUGCUCUAUUCUUUUGGUAUUAAAACAUGAAUAUGAAUGGUGAAUGUGGUAUUUUAGUACUUAAAGUCAUAUGAGAAUAUCUCAAAUUCUCACUCAAUAGAAGGGAACUGCUUCAUGUUCGUAUUUUAGUCCCAUGAUCAUUAUAUGAGGCCCUAAUUAUUUGUUCACUUGACAAGAAUUGAAUUGUACAUUUUGCCAAGUAGUUUUGAAAAGAACCUAAUAAAUCUAUUCAUCAUUCAUCUAUCGAAGGAAUAUUCAUUGAGUAUCUUCUGUCUCCCUUUUAUUGUACUAUGCACAUGAGGAUGGAGAUGAGAGGUUGUUACAAUGGUAAAAAGAUGUGAAUCUUGCACACUACUGUCUAGUAGGAAAUAAAAAACAAUGAACAAAUGA